AUGGACGACGACAGCGAGAUGUACUCUUGCCCGGAGGAACAGGCGCUUCCACCGCAAAUGAUAGAUCCCAACUGGAACGUUCUGGACCACUUGAGCCCUUUCCACCAAGCGUGUUACAUGCACCACCAACGCCACCGUUUGAACCACCUCAAAGCACUCAACGUUUACCACACGGACGACCAGCAUACUUUGCUCUUGGACGAAGCCGGAUUCUUGAGCGCUGUCGGUGUUCCUCUCCCAACCAGGGAACAACUGCAAAGGCCUCCUCCUGAGCUUAUCUUUGGCAAAGAAGCAGAGCAGAAGCAAAAUGAUGAACAGCUAUUAUCGAUGGCUACGCAAGUCUUGGAGGUUCUACAAGAUGGACCUGAAUAUAGACAUCCAACAUGGCAAACGCUUCAGCAACUCCUCGAAACCGAACUUUUACAUUACAAGACGCCUGCUGCACUGGUGGAAGCUGUCAAUGAUGCAAUCAAACAAGAAGAAGAGAACUACUCAACAUUUCGUCUUGUGUUUAUGGCUGACUUUCUCACUACUCCGGAAGCCAGCAAGGAUUCUUUCGACAAGAUUCUCGAAACAAUUUGCUUAGCUAUGGGCUAUAGAGUGUAUGGCAAGACCGAACAGCUGAAAAUGUUAAGCGAGAUUGACGAAGAACUCAGUGAAAAUGUGCUGGAGUUCCGCGACAUGUAUCAGCGAAUGAAUGCCCAUUUGGCACAAAACGGCACACAGAGAACCAAAACCGCCAUGGAGAAGCUGAAAAGGCUUGAUGACAGAUGGGAAAGGAUCGUUGAGACCCUCUCGCCCUACUUCACCUCAUACCAAAUGUGGGAAAAUGGUGAUGCUUUCAACAGCAGGUGA